AUGCAGUCAUCCAAGCAAGUCAACGGCGGCGGCAACUCGGCCAGCAAGGAGACCACCGAGCCCAAGGCUAACGGCACCGCCAACGGCACCGGCUCCGUCGCGCACAAGCAACCAAACGGCCUGAAGAGCAUUCUCAAGAAGCCGUCGACCGAGGGCGGCGAGCUCAACGGUGGCGUCGCUGUGACCAUGCCAAGCUGGAAGGGUCCUCAGCAAGACGCGACCACCUCCGUCGUGAACGGCGACCCAUUCAAGAAGACUGCCGGCGCAGCCAACGGCACUCUGCCAAGCCCCAUCGCUUUUCUCAAUCGCGACAGCGAGGCCGAUGAUGAGCCGUCGCAGCCGACCAUCGUGUCCACCCCAGCUGUCACUGAGCAUGUCAAGCCGCAGAGCAAUGGCAAGCAGAAGGUCACUUCCGCGCAGCAGCCAGUCGGUACCCGUGGCGCCAAAGUCAGCCCGACCCGCGCUCUCGUCUUCACCACAGAUGUCGCAGUCGGCGUCUCCUCACCCGGCGGUCACUACCUGAAGACCACCCUCCCACUCAAGAAGAAAGGCAUGAAGAUUACCGACGCUGUCGACAUUCUCAACAAAGAGCUCGGUUGGGCUACCAAGACCCGCGGAUCCACGAUGAUCGAGGACAGCCUUGAUUCGAGCGAGCCUCAGAUCAUCUUCAGCUUCGAUGACAUCCGCGAGGCCGCCAAGGCGGUUGAUCAGAUUGGCAUGAUCAAUGGCAAGUGGGAGGCUCAUUACGUCACUCAGCAAGAGUUCGCGGCGGCGCUGAAGCUCAAGGGGGCCGGUGAGGAGACUUCUUUCUUCGACGGGCAGGUCGUCUUCGCAGCCCAGCCAUCGAGCAAAGGCGGUUCGUUCGACGACUCUCACCUGCAAGAAGACAUCAGCAAGCUGGCGCUGCGCUUCGGUGACAUCCUCGGCGUCGCUUCAGCAGAGAUCGUCAAAGGCACGUGGACCUUCAAGGCCGAGUACUUCAGGAUCUCGGACGCGAAGAAGGCCAUCCUCGCGCUUGCUGAAGACAGUCCUGCUCAGAUCAAGUCCUGGUCCGUCUAUGCUCGUCAGAGGCAACUCACGCCGGAAGACGAUCUGUCGGUUAAGCCGUUGACGGCCACGCCGCGCCACGUUCGUCAGGCCCAAGGAACCUACUUCGAGAGCCCGACCCGUCGCACGGCGUACCGCGUGGCAGACGAUGGCUCCAUCAUUCCCAUGCCGCCUCCAACCAAGGUUCCACGUGCUCCUGUGGGUGCUCUUCAGGAAGCGCCGCACGCAGAGCGGGCUCAGUCAGACCCGUGGCCGCGUACUCCUCACGGUUCUUUCGGCUCCGCACUUCCACCACGCAGCGGAUCCUACCCGACGACAAACUACACCCCAGGCAGCGCUUCCAGUCGUCGCUUCAAUCGCUCGACCGGGCAGAUGACUCCGUUGAACGAGAGCACUGGCAUGGAGCCGCAGACCGUCUCCCGCGAGAAGAUUGUCGAAGGCCAUGACGUCCGCACUACGAUCAUGUGCCGCAACCUGCCGAUCGACAUGCAAGUGGAUCGCUUCCUCACGAUUCUGAACCAUGCCAACCGCGGACGGUAUAACUUCUCAUACCUACGCAUGGACUUCAGCAGGGGUACGAACGUGGGGUACGGCUUCGUCAACUUCGUGACCCCCGACGACGUCCUGAAGUUCCUCGACGCCUGGGAGGGUCACCCGUGGUGCCCUGAGCUGCCAUUCAACCCGCACAAAGGGCCACGCCUGGCCGAGUUUGCGUACGCGGUCUGCCAGGACCAGGACGGCUGUAUUUUGAAGUUCCGCAACUCGGCGGUCUUGGAAGAGAUGCCCAACGUCGUCCCGCGUUUGUGGUAUACCAAGGAGGAUACGCACCUCGGGUGGGAGGACAAGAAUCUCAGGAGGGAGGCUGAGGUCGGCGAGGGGAGGACUUGGCCUGAAGUCGAUAACCCGGCGAAAGCACAGCGCAGCAGGGACAACGCCGGCACGAUUGGCCUCUUCGCUUCGCCUGCUCGCGGUCAUGGCGGUCAUGGCGGUCACGGCGGCCGUGGUGGCCGUGGUGGCGGUCGAGGCGGUCGAGGUGGCUACGGUCACUCGCAGUACGAUCGCGGCACUCUCUCGCAGAUCAACGAAGACGAGGCGUACCAGAUGUCGCAGCACCACAACCAGGGCUACGGUCCGAUGUUCAUGGGCUCGCCACCACAGCAGAUGUACCAGAUGGGCUAUCCUGCUUUCGCCGGCCAUGCUCCAGGCAUGUUCAACAACGGCUACGGGCACAUGAACCAAGACCCGUUCGCUGGCGUCCACGGCUUCAACGACUUCGGCCAGUUCAACGGCGGCAACCAGUUCAAUGGCGGCACCCAGUCCAACGGCUUCCACGGAUCCAAUGGCUUCGGCCAGUUCAGCGGCGGCAACGUCUCGGUCCACUCCAAUGGCAGCCGUGUCUACAGCGCCAACCGGCACGUCGGUGGUGCUGUCCAGGCUCCGCGCCACCACCUGAACGACAGCCUUCCUCGCAACGGUGGCGGCUACGCCUACACCAUCCAGGCCCCGACUCAGUUCAACGGCGACGGCUACGACGACGCCGCUUACAGCCCGAAGGACGAUGGGUACGGCCAGCAGUUCGGCAACGGCUACAACUCUCAUCGGUAG